AUGAGGGCACAUGCCGGACGUGCUCAGUCUGGCGUUAUAAUAGUAGGAGAGGGCCUCCCAUGCGGAUGCCACAAUGGCGCCACCGUCUUCUUAACAGGUGCCUCACGCGCAGGUCGCCACCGAAGUUGCCAAGCAUGCCAGCAGGCAAGACACGCAGGAAGCACAAACGCGGGUACUCGAGAUGGACCAGGCUCUUCCGCCACCGCCUCAUCACAGACGCCACGGGCUGCUGAUCCCCGACGGACCACGGGAGACUCCGCCUCAUCCACUGCGGGAAUGCCCUCGUCGUUGGGAACUGGGACUGCGACUGUGUGGGACUGCCCCAGCCCGCACGACGGUCCGUUUGCGACGGAAUACUUGCCACCUUUGUACGGACGGCCCUUGCGCUACUCACUCGUUGUUGUAGCAGCAUACAACCAAAACAACAUAGCAAGCUGCUUUGUGAUGAAUAUUGGCUGCACUUCCCGUGGACCAACAAUCCGCGUGGUGUGCGAGGAUCUCCUUUUUUGUAUUGUUACUUUACUUUUGUGUUGCUGUGUGCGCUGCACCUUCUUGUGUGUGUGCGCACCCUCCGUGAGGGGUGCCGACACGACGGACCGCUCUCGCCGUAUGUACAUGCGGUGGAGCCUUGUGUGCCGCUCCUGUUUGCUUCUCCCUCUUCCAUCUGUGUGUUGUUGUUGCGGCAGGGCUGUGUGUGUGUGUGUGCCUGCUGCCGUGGAUUGGAGUGUGUGUCGUGCGUGGUGUGCGGCGUACGGUGCAUGCCUGGCUGCUGCCCUCUCCUCAUGUGGUGUGUCCUCUGUGUGUGUCUGCCGCACCUCUCGUCUCCCCUGUUGCUCUCCAUGUCCCUCACUGUGCAGAUCAGCUCCACACCACUGA